ACCAUUGCACUCCUCCCUGGGUAGUAAGAGGGAAACUCCGUCUCAAAAAAGAAAGAAAGAAAGAAACUUAGAAGUGAGUUAUUGGUGCAGCAUGGAUUUCCAUGGAUUCUGUAUUUUCCAGCAUUAGGCAAAUGGCAACACCUGUUCAUGCGUCAGGGUUGUCUCUCUAGAACUUUCCACAACACAUUUGAAAAUAGGUUUGUGUGUGUGUAUGUGUGUGGUCUUAAGUUUUGCCUUACAUUCUAUCAUACUUCUGAAAGUAUCUUCCAAAAUUAGUCUCAGUUAUAAUUUUGGAAUGUAACAUGAGAAUCAGUUUGGGGACAAAUUACAAUAGCUGCAACAGACAUUUCAUUGUGCAUGCAUCAUACAUAUACAAAAACAUAGUUCCUCUUUUGGAUUAUAAUUCUCUAACUAAACUUUGGAGGCACAAUAUAGUAGCUUUAUACUCUUCAUUCUCUGAAAAAGAGUAACAGUUGCAGUAAUUAAUAUAAAGACUAAGGAGUAAAUUAGAAAGAAUCCAACGGAUUCUUAUGUUUAUCUUGAACUUAAGUUACAGGUUAAAUGUUUUCCCAGUCAGCAAACUGGAGAUUGUGAGGAAAGGGGGUGGGAGAAAGAGCUAGAUGACAUGAGAUUCUUUAUAGCUCAUGAAAGAUAAGAUACAAAUUUCUAGAUUUUCCUCUAUUAACUCCAUAAAAAUAUAAGGUUCUCUAAACAGCUGGAAGUUCCUGAUCUAAAUUCCAUUGCAUGAUUUGAUCCCUAACGAUGUGUCUUCGCAAAGUUCCUGCAGCGCUGGGAGACGAGCAAGGCACAAGUGUCUCCUAAAAAGCCGCCAUCGAGUUUGAAGAGGCGAAGAGACGGCGUUGCUUUCACCUGCUCUGCUCGAGAGACUUGCUGGCCGCACACCGGCAGCACGUUCCCGCCUAGCCUUGCCCAACCAGGCUUUGACCCUCCCGAGCAGACAGGAGGGAAAGCUAUCUUCUGUGUCGCUUAUAUUAAUAUCUUUGUAUUCAUUUUAAACCAGCCGACCUAAUGCACACACGUUUUGGAAAGUAACCCAGCCGGUCCGCGUCGAGUCCCGGAGAAGAAAGCAGCCUCAGCACAGCGCCGGGCGGGCGCCCCCUGGUGGCCAGAAGGGCCGCGAGCGCAGCGGCGCCUGCGUUCACCGCCGGCUCAAUGGAUUCGGGCGUCCGGCGAGCGGCUGUGGCCGGAGAGGCCCAGCUGUCUUGCGCCCGCAGUGCCGGGACGCUCAGGAGCAGGCCGUUGUAGCCUCGCCCACCCUCACCUUAGGGGUCGGGGGACAUAGGCCAGCGCCCGGAAAUAACGCAUGCCACGUCCCUUGCCAUCUCUGGUUCCAAAUCCCUAGAGAAAGAGGAGAGCCCUAGAGAAACAUGGAGAAGUCAGGGUGAGAGCGCAGCGAGGCAGAGAGCGCGCUGGGGACAUUCUAGAGCAGGAGCUCAGAAGAAGGCAGCUAGUUCCAGGGUGGCUGCAAAUGGAUUGGGUUAAAGCUGGACGAAUGAAGCACCAUGUUUUCCUAAUACUGCUUUCAAGAACACCCCGCAUGGGGCAAGAUCGCAGGUGCUAUUCGGGAAUUUUGACCGUACAAGCAGGUACUUCCCUGUAAAGUAAAAGCAUUCUGUUAAGUCGCUCUACAGAAUGCAACAUUAGGCGUGUGUAUGCGCAAGUUUUAAUUUUCCACUGGUGCUCCCACGUGAAGGCACAUUUCUUAGUAAAUGAACGGCAGCUAGGACAGUGCAUAUGUAUGCAUUUUCUAUCUUUUUUUUUUUUUACAUGGGAAAGAAUAGUACACCUUCAACAUGGACAACAGAAUCUUGAGAAAUGUUCUAGGUGGCAAGAAAAGUGGGAAAUUAAGGAUGACUUUUGGUUAAGGGAAGAAGGAAAUCUGCAGUGAGCCAACCCUUCCCUCCCCCCCGCCCCCCCAUUUCGGAAGCCCAUGCUGUCGCCCUGAGUAAUCAUGUUCCUGUCUAUUAAUGAAUUAAAUUAAAAGGCUUAGACUGUAGACUUUAGCUAUUGCAUGAAGCAAAAUAGUAAGGAAGCUCUUCAAAAAGCCUCCAUUCAUAGAUAACCCCCCUUAAAUAUGAAAUUCUAAUAAACGGAAAAACUACAAGUCGACACAAUCAAAAGCAAAUCCCAGCAAGAGCAGAAGGUACUUGAAACUCGAAUCUGCAUUCCGUUCCUCCCGUACAAGGCUCGGAGGUGGGGGAGGCGGUUUGUGCUGGUGCCUGGUGUAUAAUCGGGUUAAUCCAGUAGACAAAGAAUAAACCAAUAGCCCUCCCACCUCACUUCCCGCUCCCCUUCCCCUCCCCCUUCUUCUCCCCCCGCCCCAGCCCCCGUCACCCCCUCCGCAAAGGGGAACAGAAAAGGGGAGAGGUAGACUUGAAAUGGAUUUCGGAUAAAGUCUUAAAACCUGCAACUUGUUUUUCAUGCUAACACUGCGUGGCCCGGAUUAGUCUUAAAUGUUCAUUCCCCUUUCCUGGUGGCAAGGAGAAAGUUCCUUAAGUCAGCUGGAGCCUCUGGCUCGUCCUCAUUGCCUCUGGGGAAACCUUAAGGUCAGUGUUUCCUUGAAACUAGAUAAACUGACCCUGCCGUGCCCAGCCCGGCCCCGCGUGACGGCGCCCGGGCGGCAGGACCGGCCUGGGGACGCGCGGGGCGGCGCGGUUGCCCUUUUGAAUGCCUCCUGCGGCUCGGAGCGCUGGCGGGCGCUGGAGUGUGAGUGAAUGUAGCCCCGCGGAGCCAAUGAGCUGGGACCGGAUGCGAUAUAUCCUCUGGGACAACAACUGCUCUGUUCCGCCUCGGAUCCACAUGACGCCAUUUACUGCUGCCGCGGCCGCCGCAGAGCUCCUUGCCUCCUCCGGAAAGGCGAGGGCGCAGGCCAACGGCGAGCCCCCCCCCGGCGGGCCCCAGACCCUCCUCCUCCUCCUCCUCUUCCUCCUCCUCCUCCUCCGCACCCACCGCCCCCGCCUCGGCCUCGCUGCCUCGCCUCCACAACGCCCAGUCUGCACCGCCGAGAGCUGCGCGCCGCAGCGCUAGCGGAGGAGAGGGGCCGGCGGAGCGCGCAGCGCCCAGGCCCCCGCGCCCGCCCGGCCCGGCCCGCGCCCCCGCGCCGCCUCAGCUACGAAGCGGCCGCGGCCGCACCACUUGGCGAUCUGGCUUUAGGUUCUCCGUAAGGCCGUUUUCUUUUGCCAUUCGCUCAUCUGCCAGGAAAAGGGACUUGCCGUUGGCGCUUCGGCCUCUUGUUCAUUGAGAAAAAAGAGGAAAUACUCCGCGUGCGCUUGUAGAAGGGGGGUCGUCUCCAGCCCCGAACCCCGGAGUGUUCAUCAGCGGGGAAUUUGGCUCCGAAUUCUCUUUUUUUCUCCCGCCGAUUGCUCGGAAGUUGGUCUGAAGCAGAGGUUGGAAAGAAAGGAAAAAAGUUUGCAUCGAGACUGGAUUUAUUUGCACAUCGCAGAAAGAAGAGAAUCCAAGGGAGAGGGGUUGGUGCAAAGCCGCGAUCACGGAGUUCAGAUGUGUUCUAAGCCUGCUGGAGUGACCACACUUCCAAGACCUGAUGGAGGCCAGAGCUCAGAGUGGCAACGGGUCGCAGCCCUUGCUGCAGACGCCCCGUGACGGUGGCAGACAGCGUGGGGAGCCCGACCCCAGAGACGCCCUCACCCAGCAGGUACACGUCUUGUCUCUGGAUCAGAUCAGAGCCAUCCGAAACACCAAUGAGUACACAGAGGGGCCUACUGUCGUCCCAAGACCUGGGCUCAAGCCUGCUCCUCGCCCCUCCACUCAGCACAAACACGAGAGACUCCACGGUCUGCCUGAGCACCGCCAGCCUCCUAGGCUCCAGCACUCGCAGGUCCAUUCUUCUGCACGAGCCCCUCUGUCCAGAUCCAUAAGCACGGUCAGCUCAGGGUCGCGGAGCAGUACGAGGACAAGUACCAGCAGCAGCUCCUCUGAACAGAGACUGCUAGGAUCAUCCUUCUCCUCCGGGCCUGUUGCUGAUGGGAUAAUCCGGGUGCAACCCAAAUCUGAGCUCAAGCCAGGUGAGCUUAAGCCACUGAGCAAGGAAGAUUUGGGCCUGCACGCCUACAGGUGUGAGGACUGUGGCAAGUGCAAAUGUAAGGAGUGCACCUACCCAAGGCCUCUGCCAUCAGACUGGAUCUGCGACAAGCAGUGCCUUUGCUCGGCCCAGAACGUGAUUGACUAUGGGACUUGUGUAUGCUGUGUGAAAGGUCUCUUCUAUCACUGUUCUAAUGAUGAUGAGGACAACUGUGCUGACAACCCAUGUUCUUGCAGCCAGUCUCACUGUUGUACACGAUGGUCGGCCAUGGGUGUCAUGUCCCUCUUUUUGCCUUGUUUAUGGUGUUACCUUCCAGCCAAGGGUUGCCUUAAAUUGUGCCAGGGGUGUUAUGACCGGGUUAACAGGCCUGGUUGCCGCUGUAAAAACUCAAACACAGUUUGCUGCAAAGUUCCCACUGUCCCCCCCAGGAACUUUGAAAAACCAACAUAGCAUCAUUAAUCAGGAAUAUUACAGUAAUGAGGAUUUUUUCUUUCUUUUUUUAAUACACAUAUGCAACCAACUAAACAGUUAUAAUCUUGGCACUGUUAAUAGAGAGUUGGGAUAGUCUUUGCUGUUUGCAGUGAAAUGCUUUUUGUCCAUGUGCCAUUUUAACUGAUAUGCUUGUUAGAACUCAGCUAAUGGAGCUCAAAGUAUGAGAUACAGAACUUGGUGACCCAUGUAUUGCAUAAGCUAAAGCAACACAGACACUCCUAGGCAAAGUUUUUGUUUGUGAAUAGUACUUGCAAAACUUGUAAAUUAGCAGAUGAAUUUUUUCCAUUGUUUUCUCCAGAGAGAAUGUGCUAUAUUUUUGUAUAUACAAUAAUAUUUGCAACUGUGAAAAACAAGUUGUGCCAUACUACAUGGCACAGACACAAAAUAUUAUACUAAUAUGUUGUACAUUCGGAAGAAUGUGAAUCAAUCAGUAUGUUUUUAGAUUGUAUUUUGCCUUACAGAAAGCCUUUAUUGUAAGACUCUGAUUUCCCUUUGGACUUCAUGUAUAUUGUACAGUUACAGUAAAAUUCAACCUUUAUUUUCUAAUUUUUUCAACAUAUUGUUUAGUGUAAAGAAUAUUUAUUUGAAGUUUUAUUAUUUUAUAAAAAAGAAUAUUUAUUUUAAGAGGCAUCUUACAAAUUUUGCCCCUUUUAUGAGGAUGUGAUAGUUGCUGCAAAUGAGGGGUUACAGAUGCAUAUGUCCAAUAUAAAAUAGAAAAUAUAUUAACGUUUGAAAUUAAA